UUCUCCCACCUGGGUGCCCUCCUUCCUUCUCGUCCUCCCUUUCUUCAGCCUCAGCCACAAACAAAGAAGCGCCUUCUCUUCUUUCUCCUGGAGGAAGGAGGGAGGAGGAGGGCGAAGGAGGCUGAGGAGGGAACAGCCCCCCAUUUUGUCCCCUUCCCUUGCCCCACAAGCCCUUCGACUCCACGCUCUUUUUCUCUCAGGCAUUUUCAGCAAGACAAGAUGUCUUAUUCAGAGAGAGCCCAUCAAAAUAAAGAUUACAGGAACAACGAAAAUCCCAAGACUAACAGAUAUAUUGAUGAGAGAAGUAGAAAACCAUAUCCAACAAAUGGAAGGUCAUCACCAGGAACACCUGAACAUUCAAGACCUACUACUGCUUUCACAGACCCUUACCAGAGCCACCCAGGAACAAUGUAUGGAGAUGCCAAUUAUCCACGUCUGUCUUAUCCUCCCAAAGAGACUUUUUCUGAGAAAUGCUCAAAUCUGUGCUCCAGAAGAGGUAUCUUGCAGUUUGUUGAAGUAACAGUCAACAUUUUGGUGCUGGUCUGCAUAGGAGCAGCCCAAGCAGGAGUUUCUGGUUUCACCUCUGGGUUAGGUUUGGGCUCAUUCAAUAUCAAUUCAGCCUAUAGUCCAUUUGAAGGGACCGAAUUCCAGCAAGUAAGGGACCUGGAUAUGCAGUACAACCAGAUGAGAGCUCCUUGCGUGUAUGGAGGAGUGGCCUUUGGCCUAACUAUGAUGUGCCUCACACUUUUCUUCCUCAUCAGUGGAGGGAAGCCCAUUCAUCGUCUCACAUUUCGGUUGCUGGCUGCAGAGUUUGUCUUUGAUAUCCUUGCUUGCCUUGCAUACAUUGUGGCUGUUGGCCUCUACCUCCAUUUCGUCAUACAAGUCAAUGCAACAGAUGUGUGCCAGAGGAAAGAGAGACUGUAUGCAAGAAGAGGUUAUACAUCUAUGAACUGCAUUGUGCAGGGAGGAGAUGCCUCUGUGGCUCUCUUUGGCCUUGUGGCAGCUUGCUUGUAUUUUGCAAGCACUAUAGUCUGUGCUCUCACUGUUCGAAGUGUGCGGGAGUUUAAGAGACAGGAGGCCAAAAUUCAGUACAGUCUUGAAAGAACCUACAGAGAAGGUGACUAUCCCAAGACGUAUAACAACCCAGAAAGCAACCAUGCUGUGGGGACCUUUGCCACCCUUGUAUAGCCUGUUCAGGUACAGUAUAAGGGAACACAAUCAAGGAAAAUGGAUGGUUGAUCUGCUUCAGAGUAUACAAAACCAGAGCUGUGUGUAUUUAAAUACAAUCCACUCUAGGCAGUACACAGAAGUAAUAAUAUUUCCAUCAAAAAUGGAAGUAAUUAAGAAAGUGUUCCAGAUUUCCUUCUUCUGUCAAUGUAAAUGUAUGGAUGGAUUUUUAAUUGACUGACUGUAACUGUUCAUGAUUGGGCUAAUGAAGGCUACUGCUGUGAUGUGAGGGGUGGUUCUCCAAAUGUUGUCAGAUAACUCCUGC